AUGGGAAUCAAAGAUCUUUGGCAUAAUUCCACUCAGUUGGUAGAUGAUGCUGCGUUCACCUGCAAGCUCAGCGACUUUAUCUUAGAGCACGGCUUCAUUCGAGAACACUACGGGGCUCGCACAGUCGUCAUUGGGAUAGACAUUAGCUCCUUCCUGGAUGGUUUCCGUGCCGCUGAUAUGAUUAAAGGGGGUCUCCACACAUCAAGCUCGACCCUCACUCAGCUCUUUAAAUUCUUUUGCGGCCUAUCAAAAGCCAACGCUCACUGUCUCAUUGUUUGGGAUGGGGAUAACCGACCGUCAAUUAAACGAGGACAUCGAGUAGUCGCACAUGAAUCAGAUUACCAAAAGAAAGCAAAACUGAUGGUUACUUACUUUGGGUACCACAACCACACGGCCCCGGGCGAAGCGGAAGCGGAACUUGCAGAACUGCUUAAGCGGGGCAUAAUUGACACCGUACUUUCCAAAGACAGCGACGUUUUCCCCCUUGGUGUUAAAUCUGUUCUGAAAGUUUUGAAACCGAAUACAGCUGUCUCUGGAAAUUCUUGGGAAGACCUCACCAUCCGUGUGUAUGACGCAGAGCCUGUACAGAAGUACUUAGGAUAUUCUCAGGGAGGUUUGGUUCUGGUUGCUCUGCUUCUACAAAACGACAUCAGUGGUGGCGUCAACGGUAUAGGUCGUCAGACUGCUCAUGCCCUUGCCCGUAGUGGGUUCGGCAAAAAUCUCCUCGAUUACUACAAUAUGUUUUCUACAAAACCGGGUCAACUUUCCUGGGCCCUCUCGCAACUCAAUGAGGACAUGGCGGAUGAAAUUGAGCAUAACAAACGAGGUCAAAUGGGCUGCCGUAGUCCCAUGCGGUCCAAAAUCCUCCGGGAGUCUAACUUCCCUACCGACGGAGAUUUACAGACCUUGCACGCGUUUUUAAAGCCCGUAACAAGCUCUUCACUGGGGCUUCAGCCUGUACCGAUGUCACUACGGCUGCCAACUCUCCCUGAUAUUGGAAAAAUCUUAGCGUUCUGUAAUGACCAUUUUUCUUGGUCUUCGAAACUUACCUUAGAACAUUUCCAUAUUUGCCUCUGGCCUGGAGUGUUGAUUCGAAUGCUUUCAUCUAAAUAUCUCGCCUACAACCCUGUCAAUUCAGAAAUAAUCGUCCCCCGCCUACAGAGUCAUUUUGAAAUGAACAGCAAAGGAGGCCAUUACAUGCCCACAUAUUCGACUACAAUCAUCACCAAGAAUCUCUUGGAUUCUCCAACAAAGAACACGGGCGACAGUAUCUCUGUCACUUUUAGUACUACGUUUUUUGUCGAACUUAUGCACCUCAAUCCUGCAGCUAAGUCUAUGCGAAGCCGGAGGAUUGAUGUUCCUGUUGCCAUGAUUGCUGUUGCUCUGAACCGAUUUGACAAGGUCAAUGGUUUAAGCAGAUUAAUUGGUCCCCGUCCACCUCCUGUUGUAAACCAAGAUCGUAAUGCUGAAGCAUCAAGUAGUUCACAAGCCUCUUUUGUCAACAUUCCGUCAAAGCGAAAGCAGACAUCUGUGGGUGAGAGCAGGAUCAAACGCAACAAGGCUAGCGUUAAAUCCCUCGGUAUCAUUGAGCUCACCGAUAGCGAGACCAAUAGUGAGAACGAGGAUGCUCUUGCAUGA